AUUUGCUCCGCUACAAUCUGCAAAUUUGUACCUGUCAAAACACAGAAAAAGAAAACACCUGCACAACCUGUUGCUAUCCUUUGUCUUGACCUGUGUCUGCGGUUGCCCCACAUCGACACGCGCCGAGCGUAAAACAGAACCGUUUCCUUGGUGUUCGGCAACGGCGGAAUUGUUAGCAGAAAUAACCAACCUCGAAAAUUUUCACUCGGCAGUGGAUAACCAAAGGCUUCGAAAGUGUGGCGUGGCAUAUUUUUUAUCCCAUUUAUAAACAUCUGAAAUGGAUCAAAUUGUGGAGGAAAGUGGUGAGGAUUCGCAGGCUCCGGAAUCCACCUUUGAGGAUGAUUUGAUCCCGAAGGAUAUCUCUGAUGAGUUUUUCGAAGAGAUCUGCGCUAAGGCGAAUUUGACCGUGAAAGAUUUGCAGGGAAACCAGCAGUAUGCUUUGGCAGAGGAUUUCCAGAAAAUACUACUAACGUGUCAGCAGCUGCGGCAACAACUGCUAGAUGAACAGGAGAAGAUUGGAAGAAUGCAGGGCGAAGUGGCGGCUGCUGCUGGGAGGGUUGCCCAAGCAAUCUCAAUUUCUCAACGUGAUCAGGAUAAGAUUCAGGCGCUGCGAUCGGAAAUCGAGGAAGCCUGGAAGCGCGCGGAUGCGGCCCAAACACGAGAGCAGACGGCCCAAGAAGCGAUGAACCAGAUGCGCGAGAAGCUGGAGAAACUGACUGUCGAGUCAGACCGACACGGCGACAAGGAAGAUGAGGUAGGUGCGGCGAUGGGUAAGCAUAAGGAAAGUAUUUUGCGCGAACGCGACCGCCUGUUCGCGGAGGUUGAAGAGCUGAAUAGACGGUUACACAUUCAACGCGUUUAUGUUGAAGAGUUGGAAGCGAAACUAGGCGAUUCGGAAGCGAAGGUUAAGGAGCUGUACAAGGUAUUGGAUGAGACUUCCAACGAAGCGUUCCGGGAUAAACGUAUGCUGGAAAAUCUGCAUGCUCAACACACGGAGGUGACGGCUGAGCUGGCGACAAAGACGGAUGAGGCUCAGCAUUUUAAGGCGCAGGCUGAAGCCAGUCAUAAGACCACGUUGCAGCAGGGCAUGCAAAUGGCGGCGAUUCGUACCACACUGGAGCGGCUCACGACAAGUAACAACCUGCUGCAGGUGAAGCUAGCGAAGGCUCAGGGAGACUUCGAAAACAUGGUUCAACUGAAGGAGAAAGUAACUAACGAACUGAACACCAAAGUCAACAUUCUAAAGCUGAAAGAGGAUGAAAAUAAUAAAUUUAGACUGGAGAAUGCCAAGCUGGCUAAGAGCAAGGAGCUGCUGCAGAAAAAGAUACUGACUAUCGAGACGGCGAAAAGUGCACUGGAUCAGGAGGUGGCGAAACAUAAGAACACCAUCGUCACCUUCGAGAAGGAACGCGAUGCUACCAAAAAAGCUUUCGAUAUGGCCAAGAAACAAACCGACGCAGUUCUGCGAGAACGUGACCUUACUCGGAAGGAUCUGAUUAAGUCAAAUAAGACCAUCUCGGAUUUGAUGGAUCAAAUUGUGUUGUUAGAGAAGCAGCAGAAGACGUUGGAAAAUGAAAUCAAAGCGCACCAGGGAGUGGCACAGAAGCAGAGUAUGGUUCUGCUGAAGGUUGAAAAGGAUCGGGACCGUAAUGCGGAGGAGGUUCAAAAUCUUAGUGACAAGGUGGAGCAAAUGAACGAAGAUGUUCUGUACAAGCAGAAUCAGAUCCUGGACCUCCGCGAGAAGCUCAAGGAAACCGAAACCAAGUUGUUCCAGUGUCAGAAUUUGUUGGAGCUGACACGGGGAGAGCGAAACAUCUUCGAGCGCGAUUUGGGCAUCUGCAUGAAGGAUAAUGAAAGCUUUAAGGAUCGACUAAAAACGUCAAUGCAUUCGGUAAAUCAGCUGAAAGACGAAAAUACUACCAAGGUUUCGGAGCUGUUCAAAGCGAACAAGACGAUCGAUAAGAUCGAGAAGGAAAAGCAAUCGCUCAAGACGGAAGUUCAGAACAUUUCAAUUGCACUGCAACACACCAAGUCUGAGCUAAGCGAGAAGAUGAUGGAAAAUGCGCGGUUGAACAAAACUCUAACAGAGGAUGCAGCCAGUAUGGUUCGACUUAAGAAGCAGCUGGACGGAGCGAUCAACGAAAAGGAUUUAGUGAAAAUGCAACUAACGCAACGAGUUGAGGAAAUAAAUAAUUUGAUGGAAAAGUGCAAUAUGUUAAAUAUGGCUUUAGAUCGAGGUGAAAAUCAGUACCGUGACCGUCUGGACGAUAUUCGGUUGCUUAAGAUCGAAAUAAACAAUUUACGAUCGCAGCGUAAUUUACUGGCAAGAGGCUUGGCAAAUACGGCGGACAUGCGACAAGAGGUGCUGCAAUUGAACCGAGUGCUCAAUCAGGAACGUGUGAAGGCGAGGGCUUUGGAGGAUGAGAUGCUGACACCGAUGAAUAUCCAUCGCUGGAGGAAACUAAGCGGAAAAGAUCCGGAGAAGAUGGAUCUGAUUGUGAAAGUUCAAACCCUGCAGCGAAGGGUCCUGUACCAGGCGGUCACCGUAUCCGAACAGGAGAAGACAAUCGAGGAGUCCGGAAAAGUGUAUGGCGAGUUGAAGGAAGUGGUCGAGAAGCUGCCCCAUCACAAAAUGAAGGAACAGCUAUGCGCAACGCAGCGUGCCCUCACAGCUAGAACGAAGAAGUUGAAGGCUCUGUCGGCGGAGAUUCGCAUCAAGGAGAAUGAUAGCAAAAGUCAGGAGUGCAUGGUUGAAGAGCUGAAAAAGUCCCUGAUGGAGACAAAAAAAGAGCUGGUGAAGGAGAAACGUGAAAAACAGAAGCUUGCACAAUCGGUGCGUGGAGCUCUUAUUCCAGGCUUCCGGAGUGGUGGGCGAUCACAGUCGCACCAAAGUGAGGUCAUCGUUAUCCACCAGCGGAACAGUCGUAGUGGUGGUUACCGUAUUAUGGGAUCCGGAUUUAAAGCCAUCUGCUAACGGUGAGAACAAUGGGUGGAGAAACUUUUUUUUUCUGCGUGUAUCAACAGGUCGCGAUCAAAUACUUUAUAUUUCCUAUUCUGCAGUGGACUGAGGAGUGACAAAUAAACAUUUAAAAUCGUAAAAACACGUUUCAUCUUUACCUGUUGCACGCUGUGAGGUAAG